AUGCAAAUUCAUUCGAAAAUAUGUCAUAUUUCUUCAAUCCUUAAAGAAUAAUCGACAAGAAGUGCUGUAAGCAGUCAUGCCAGCUCAGCCUGCUGCCAGAGAUCCAGACGAGGAGAUGGAGACUGAGGCAGAUCCUGACAUUCCUCAGACCAAUGGAGAGGUGGAGGAGGAUCAAGAAAGAGAUGGAGGAGAGGCUGAGGAGACGAUGGAGGAGAGUGGAGAGGAAAGGGACAGUGACUUGGAGGAGAGUGAGCCAGAGGAGGAGGAGGAAGAAGAGGAAGAGAGUUCAGAAAUGGAUGAUGAAGAUUGUGAGAGAAGACGAUCACAGUGCCUGGAUGAAAUGUCAGACCUGGAAAAACAAUUCCUGGAGUUGAAAGACAAGCUUUUUCAAGAACGUCUGAAUCAAGUUAAAUUGAAAUUGGAUGAGGUUUUGACAGGAAAGGCAGGAGAGUAUAGAGAACCUUUAGCAACACUGCAGCAGAAUCUACAGCAGAGGACACAAGUGGCAGGUGUAUAUAGAGAACUUUGUCUGCAAGUGGUCAGACACAAGCAUGAAUGUGAAGUACAGGGUGCAAGACAACAUCUAGAGAGUGAGAAAACCCUUUUGUUUGAUGCCAUGAAGACAGAACUUUUGGAGAAGAUCCGCAGACUGGAGGAGGACAAACAGAGCAUAGACAUCACCUCAGAGUGGUGGAAUGAUGAAGUGAAGAUGAAGAAGUGUAAAAGAAGGAGUCACCUGAUUCGUUCAGACCGGAAGAAGAAGGCAGCACUUGUGUCAGGGCCAUACAUAGUGUAUAUGCUAAGAGAAACUGACAUACUAGAGGACUGGACAGCCAUCAAGAAGGCAAAAGCAGCACUGAUGCCCCUGAAGAAGAAAGCAGACAGGUCGUAAUAAAAGGGAUCAGCACAGGAGAGGUCUGGUUCAAGCGCACAGAUGGCACCAAAACCAAAAUCUACAUCUCUUAACUUCAGAAAGGCAAAUGUGCCAUACGAAAAGCUUAGAGACGAUAAAUUACACUCAGAGAGUGUGUGAGCCUACCCUUUAAUAAUUACCAAAUAACACACACAUUUACCAACACAUUGUAAAACUGCAUCUAAUGCUAUUCACUGGUAUUGAACAGACCAUAGGAUGUUUAUUAUGUCUCCAUUGACUUUUUGUCUCAGAUCAAUGUUGCCCUUUUUGAUUAGGUUUUCCUGAUGUUAUUAUAAAAAGAGGGAGUCAGAUCAGCUCUGCUAAUGGCAAGUAUGUAAAGCUGAAGUUCAUUACAUUACAAAAACACAAAAUGGGCAUACAAAACCUGUUCGACCAAAUGCACAUAGACUAUAUGAAGCCUUUCUUUGUUCUCAGCAGGAAUCUUGAUGUCUAAACCACAGUAAAAAACAGGUCAAAAAAUGCAAAUCGAUUUAAUGUCAAAAACCUUGAUUGAUGGCCUUUUGAUCACAAAAAUAGCGAAACAAAAUGAUAACAAUAUAAGAAAAGUUCAGAAAUUGGAGGUUGCAUUUCACUGGAGUUUGCAAUCCUAUAAGAUUUAAUUAUUUUUAUUGUCAUAUCCCCAGCAGAUGUGUGCUAAGGGUGAUAAGGAGCCAAUUCCCUAAAGUGUAUCAAGCAAAAAAA